GAUAAUUUAAGGUAUAUAAUAUUGAAUACGACGAAAAUACUUUUUUUUAGGUAGUUCAUGUAAAUUUAAAAUAAAUUUUGAAAUGUCCAAUAACAGAAAAUUUGCGAGAAGGACUGAUAGUUCCAGACAACAAAGAGUGCCCCCAAAACUUAAUGUUGAGAAUAAAGGACUAAAAGAUGAAUCCUUAGCAGCUCUAGAAGAUUUAGUAAUAUGCAGCAUUUGUUUGGAAAAACUGAACGAGCCGCGCAUGCUCCCGUGUCAGCAUACCUUCUGCCUAUCGUGCCUAAAAACACUUAUAACGGCCAAAAAUCUGGUCAAAACGGGUUUAAAACUCGAUUUAUCCAAUGAACUGAAAGAUAUCCAUUGCCCUGUUUGCAAAAAGGAGUUUAAAUUAAAUAAUAGAAUCGAAUCUUUGGAGGAUUUGCCAAAAAAUUUCCAAGCAGAGACGAUUUUAAAACUUUUAGAAGACAAUACGAAUACUCCAAGUACGGCAAACAAAGUUGUAGAUUACAGAUGCGUGAAGUGCCAAACUGUUUCUGAAAAUGAAGGAGAUCAUGUUUGUCAACACUGUUUGCAGGUAUUCUGCUCGAUAUGCUGGAUAAAUCACAUAUCAGAGUUAGACACCAACCUCUCCUUACUGAUAAAUCAAAUUGAAGAGUCCAGAACCAGACUAGCUCACAAAGCACAAAGUUUCGGCGGCCGCUGCGAUCAACUCGUUGAUGCGAUCAAGCAAAGUAUCGAACAAAAAAUCGCCAAAAUAAAAAAGAUGGAAGAAAAUGUCUUGCUUGAAAUGGCGGCUAUUAAAGAACAAGGAAACGUUUUGCAUGAUAUGAUUAACGCUAGAGUAAAUGCAGUGAAAGAAAAAGUUGAGGGAAUUAUUAAGGAUAGUAAACAAAGCAAUAAGAUAAGCAACUAUAUGAACGUACAUCGAGAAACGGCAAAACUUUUCGAUGAAAUCUACCAAUAUGGAGAAGCCAGGAUUGUUUUCGAUGCAGAUAAAAUUCGUAUUGAUCAAGACAAAGAGGGUAUAUACCAGGAUAUAAACGACAAAGAUAAUUUAAGGACAGAAAAAGUCGACAAUCCAUUUGAGAGCGUGACAUCGAUGGUUAAAUAUUACAAAUCGCGAACUUUCGUACCAAGGUUAUUAUGGACCAAAUGUCCAAGACCAGGAGGUGUAGGAAUAGCUCCCUGGGACCCAAGCAAAAUCUACGUCGCCGCGACAGAUACCAAUAACAUUCUGGUACUAGACCGUUCGAAAUUUAAACUUAUUAAAAAAAUCAACAAUCCAGAAAUGUUAUGUCCUACGAAUUUGGCUUUUUCGAAAAAAUACGAAGAAAUGUUCGUCACUGAUAAAUGGAAACAUUGCGUUCAUGUUUUCUCGUGCGAUGGAGACUACAUGAAAAAUUUCAACGGAUUAGGUCUUAAAUCUCCUGAUGGUAUAGCUGUUGGUCCUAAUGAAGAAGUUGUUAUUUGUGAUACAGGAAAUAACAGAGUAAUAGCGAUUGAUGCUGAAUCCGGAGCUCUGUUGUAUACAAUAGGAAAACGUGAACUCCAUAUUCCUACAAGUGUAGCCAUACACGGAGAAAAAAUAUUCGUAGCCGAUACAGGUAACAACAGAAUAAAAAUGUUCAACAAAGAUGGUUUACUUUUACAAGAAAUUGGCGCAUUUGGAAGGAACAAGGGAGAAUUCCGUUCGGCAGAGGUCGUUGCAGUAGAUUGUUUAGGAUUUAUCUUAGUUGGCGAUGCUGGAAAUGCCCGAAUACAGGUUUUCCAACCCGAUGGCAAGUUAAUUAAGAUUUUCGGAAGUUCUGAAGGAUUUGGAUGGAUUUCCGGCAUACACGUUACUCCAGAGUUGGAUAUUAUUUGUACAGAUAGUAGAAAAAGGAGUUUAAGAAUAUUUUAAUCAAAUUAAAGUUAAGUUAGUUAGGUUAUUUGUUAAAGUGAUAAUUGUAAGUUUUUUUAUAACUGGAAUUCGGGG